GAUAAGCCAUUAAUCCCCCACCAGUUUCGCCCACGAACCAGCCUUCAUUGCAGUGCUCCAUCCAACCAACCCUCCCUCUCCCAAUUCCAUCCACAGUUUUUCCUUCUCUUCAACAAAUCUUCGUCUUUAUCAGAUAUGGAGUACUGCGUGGAAUCAAGAGCGUUGAAAUCGAGCUUACAGAGAGAAAUAUCCGCCAUGAAAUCGACGACGACGACGCAGCAAGCCUUUUUUGAGGAUUUCGUGUACUUGAACCCGAAUAUUGGUGAUGAUUUCUCUGUUGAUUGUUUCCUUGAUUUCUCUAAUGGAGAAUUGAAGGACAACAGCUUUGAUGAAGAAGAAGAUGAGGAGGAAAAGGAGAGAUUGUCGGUUUCCUCUCAAGAACUCGUGGACGAUGAUAAUAAUUCCAACUCUAGCACUCUCUCCGGCACCCCCGAGAACUCUGACUCUCUCGUUGCCGGCGAACUCUCUGUUCCGACUGACGACGUAGCCGACCUUGAAUGGGUAUCGCAAUUUGUGGAGGAUUCGGUACCGGAAUUUCCUCUGUUCUACCCUGUUUGUUGCAGGGAGAAAACAGAGAGCUAUGCGAAGAACCAGUUCGAACCGGAACCAGAACCGAAACGGUCUGUAUGUAAUUCUCUACGUUUUCCGAUUCAUAUUCCGUCAAAGACAAGAACAAAGCGGGCGAGAACCACCGGUCGAGUAUGGUCGACGCCUUACCUCUUAGUCGCCAACAAACCUGGAAAACCGCGAGGGAAGAAACCAAAGAAAACACCGACGGCUCAGACCGCGGGAUUGACAUGGGUGGGCCAGUUCCAACGAAGGUGCAGCCAUUGUCAGGUCCAAAAGACCCCGCAAUGGAGAACUGGCCCAUUGGGGCCUAAAACGCUGUGCAAUGCUUGUGGAGUUCGGUACAAGUCCGGCCGGCUUCUCCCUGAAUAUAGACCGGUUUGCAGUCCAACCUUUUCUGGUGAUAUUCACUCGAAUAGUCAUCGGAAAGUGUUGGAAAUGAGGAAGGGGAAGGAGACGGAUGAACCAGAAUCCAGGUUGAGCCAGAUGGUUCGGAGUUUUUGAAGGUUAAGAUUUAGAGAUUAGCUUCAUGUGAACCCGGUCUAGACCGAUUCAAGUUAGUGGUCGUAGAAUUUAUCUAAUUAGGUAGGAUUUUUUUUCCCUCUAAAAAUCAGGUCAGUCCUCAGUAGUUGCAGGUAAUUUAGGUCAAUUAGGUACAAAAGGUAACCUUUUUUCUGAUUUAUUUUUUAUUUACAUUUUUAAUUGAAGUUUUAUGAAUGUAUCUUAACUAAUUCUUAUUCAAUGAUCGAAAUUGAAAGAGAAUUAAAUACAAUUUU